UACAAAAUCGAUAUCUGAAAUCUACAAGCACCACUCGAUACAACGCGGCGGAGACGCGCCCUCGCCAUCACUCUAUCUCUGCGUGCAGCAGUAUCAGCGUUCAUUUCAUGUUUAAAGUCCCAUGCCAACGGCGGCGCAUGGAGCAGUAAGUGCAGUGGUCUCGUUAGUGCGGCCAUUGGUUUCUUUGGAUUACAACAACAUUUCAUGUUUAGAUCCGGAUCCGGGGAGCUACAACGGAUGAGGGUGAACGAUUUAAUGGGGACUUAGAAUACUUUGCCAAGCCGUGUACCUGACGACCUGACAGCUGUCUUCUAUUCUUCAAGUGACAACAGAUAAACAAUUAGGACUGAGAAAAACAUUUUGUGUAAUCGCUUCGUGUUGAAAUCUUCCUGAUGACCCCUCAAAGUGAGUGGGAGUAGUCUCCACACAGAGAAAACCGGCGGAAUCUCGGAUGCGCGAGCUACAAAGGACAAUGUCGGUGGAUUUUAACGAUAUAGUCAAACAAGGAUAUGUGAGGAUGAAGAGUAAGAAUCUGGGGGUUUGGCAGAAGAGAUGGGUGAUCCUCCGGCGAGCAUCAAGUAAAGGGCCUCGGCGCCUUGAGAAAUAUAUGGACGAACGGACAGCUAGUCAUGUGUCAUUUCACAAAAUGAUCGAACUGACGGAUGUGAAGAACGUGUCACGGCUCCCGAGUGAUAUCAGGAAAUACGCCAUUGCCAUUUUCUUUAAAGAUAACACGUCGCGGCAGUUUGCCUGUGAAUCAGACUUGGAAUCAGAUGAGUGGAUGAAGUCUUUAAAUGAAGAGUGUUUAGGCAAACCAUCCAGUAUACGUCAUGGCGAACCUGAUUUGUUAGAUUCUGGUUGGCAGCGUGAAAUGAAUGAACGUUUUCAUGUUUACCUGAUGCCGAACCCGGCACUGGACAUGUACGGUGAAUGUCUGCUGCAAGUCACGGCCGAGAACAUCCAUCUCUGGGAUGUCAAUAACCCCAAGAAAAAGCUGGUCACAUGGUCUUUAAACAGUCUCCGGCGAUAUGGGCGAGACUCACUCAAGUUUACAUUUGAGGCAGGAAGCAUGAACUUUUCCAGAUACUGUGAUACAGGCGAGGGUAUCUUCGUCUUCAGCACCUCGGAGGGCGAGAAUAUUUAUACCAAAGUCCACCAGGCGGCGCUGACGAUAGCUGAGGCGCACAACAGGAAGAUGCAGAAGUUGAAUGAAUUAAAGGCUGCCAAGCUGGCGCAAUAUAAAGCUAAGAGGCGUUCACGGAGUAGGACCCCAGACGCUCCACAGCCUCGGGUACCCGUCAGUAAUGCGCACCUCAAUCCUGCCGGGGGCCAAGGGCUUCCAGAUAACAUACAGCAUCGGCAGCUAGAAUACGAUUACAGUCUCAACAACAACCCACCCGAAUACCAAGGCAUUCCCGAUCUCAGUCAAAUCGACAAUAGACAACCCUCCCCUAAUUUAAAUGGUGCUUCCUAUAACGGCUACCGAGAACGACCACGGUCCCGGAACGAGAAUGUUGAUUCCUAUAGUCAUGAUCGCACUGACUUCACAGCCGAAUGGGUGUUGAGUUCAUCACCAUCGACAGCAUCAAAUUUUAGACAUUAUUUGGAGAGUAGAAUGGAAUCCUGAUGAAAACAAGGAAGUAAUCCACACGAUAAAGUGGUUGAAGUGAAUCUGCUUCCCUGUGUCAUCUAGUCUGCAUGUGCCUGAACGUGACGCUGUAUCAGUGGACGAUAAUGCAAUAUAAAGGGUGCAUCACAAGUGAAAUGGCCAGAACAUUCAGAACCUAUUUCUGUGGCCAAGCAUUGUAUCCAACAGGAUUUGGUCUAUCUCGGAAAGACUCGUCACUCGUGACUCUCGGUGACUUUUCGUUGAAGAAAAAAUGGAGGUUUCCUUACCAAAUUGUAUAAAGGUGUAAAUUUGAUUAAGAAAGAUGUACUAUAUAUAUGAGAAGACCUGUGUGCAAGAACUCAGUCAAUCCACAUUGCCGUCAUUUCAAGAAAAACAAGGUUUGAUCUUUGUUGAUAGAAGGCAGUCUGAGAAAGAGAGUGAUCAGGAACUCUAGUUGUUGCUGAGAAGGUUGGGCCAGGCCUACCAGGUUCUUGCACACAUGUCUUCAUUUGUAUUGUAGUGUGCAUGUAUGCUUCAUAAGUCAAAAUGAAGAGGCCGCUUUUCCAUGCAGCUUUUUACUGCCGUACAUAUGUAGUAAGCGUGUGCUAUAUAUCUUAGUGUAAUUUAUUCUCAAAUGUGCUAUAAUUGUACAUAGAAAACGGGGUUAUAUCUCUUGAGUUGAACUGUGGCAUUCAUUGAGGAUGUACGUGAUAAUGGGGAGGCAUUGGUAAGUCUGAGGUCCAUUUGACGUACGCAUCUGCAAACGCGUGGGUCGGAACGAAAAAUAUGAUGUGAACACUUUAAUUUGUAACUCGUCUAACAUGAAGUAUGAAAAAGAUGAGAGGGCAGGUUAGAACUUAUCACAGUUUCCUUUUGUUUAACGGUCAGCACAAGUUCAAACAAAUGUCUAGGUUUUCCGUCUGGUUACGAUGCGCAUACCUUCGUUACCUUGUUUACUUUCGAUUGUGUUGUGUAACCUGAUGAAAAUCUGGAAAUUUUGUGUAUAUAAGUAAAAUCAUCUGAUUCAAACCUUGCAAGCAUGUACCGACUGUCAAGGUACUCUUAGAGGAGAUCCACCAAUUUUUGUCACAAAAUCUAAAAAUCUGGUGAAAAUAUGAUUGAAAUAAAA